AUGUCUGAGGAACGCCGCCCCCGAUCGCGCUUUGACAGCGACGAUGCCGAGCGCCCUGUCCGCUCGCGCUUCGACUCAGAUCGUCGCUCCAGGUCGCCGUCGCGGAGGGAAUCCGAGUCGCAUCGCGCCCGUAGCCCUGUCGCCCGUGAAGGCACAGACAGCCCUGCAUCGUCCAACUUCAAGAACGAGGCGGCAGCAAAGGCGGCGGCUGCGGCUGCGAGGAUCAACGCGCAGAUUCAGGCGAAGAAGGGCAUCCAGCAUGUCGACGUGCCUCCGAUUCGCUCUGCCGCUACUCCUCCAGUCGCCAAGUCGCCCGCCUCAAACUCCGCCGCGGCCAUAAACAACGAGACGUACCAGCAGGAUGGUGACUACAUCAAAGACAUUGAGAUCAAUGAUCUCCGUAAUCGCUAUACACUGACUAAAGGAGCUACACAAAAGAGGAUCAAAGACGAGACUGGCGCCGAUGUCACUACUCGCGGAGAAUACUACCCAGACAAGAACAUGGCAACUGCUACUAACCCGCCGCUGUACCUCCGCAUCACUAGCACCUCCAAAGAAGGCCUGGACAAGGCUGUCGAGAUGAUCGAAGAGAUGAUGAAGGAGGACCUUCCUAACCUUGUAGACGAACGUCGUUUCCGCCGUAGAGAGCCAGAGAACUUCGAGCGCGACGAAUUUGGCAGACGCAAGUGGCCCGAAGAGAAGAUUUCCGUAGGUCUCGAGCCUAUCAGCGGCUUUAACUUGCGCGCACAGGUUGUCGGUCGCGGUGGCGACAACGUCAAGUUCAUUCAACAGGAGACAGGCUGCAAAGUCCAGAUCAAAGGCCGCGGUUCCGGCUUCAUGGAGCCAAACAGCGGACAAGAGAGCGACGAGCCCAUGUACCUCCACAUCGCGUUCGUAUACCCCGCCAUUCCUACCCUCCAAUUACUGACAGAUCGUAGUGGACCCCGUCCCGAAGGUGUAGCCCAAGCCAAGCAACUCUGCGACGAGCUCCUCGACAAGGUAAAGUCGGAUUACCACGCUUACAAGGAACGCCCUCCACCGAACCGUUACGGCGACCGAGAUGGCUAUGGCGGUGGACGACCGGGAUACGGCGAUCGUGGCGACCGUGGAGAUCGCGGUGACCGUGAUCGCAGCCAGAGCUACGGAUACGGUGGAGGAAACGGAGGAGGCGGCGGCUACGGUGGCUACGGCGCUCAGGGUCAGAACGGUUACGGCGGCCAGGACACAAUCAUGUCUCCUGCUGCUGCAACGCCGACUGCUGAUGCUAACAACCAAGCCUACGAUGCGAAUGCGGCACAAGCAUGGAUUGCCUACUACCAGCAGAACCCAGAGGCUGAUCCUUAUGCGGCCUACGGUGGGUAUGCAGCGUAUCUCGCACUCCAGCAACAGCAGUACGCGGCGUACUAUGCUCAGAACGGUUAUGGCCAGACGCAGUCGCCUGCUCCCGGCGCUGGCGCGGCUGCACCACCACCGCCGCCGCCUUCAGAGCCAUCCGGCUACGCUGCUCCACCGCCGCCUCCACCGGCUGCAUCGCCUUCCAACUAUGGCGCCGUCCCUCCACCUCCCGGUUUGUAA